CAUCAUCACUUGCCUUGGUUUUCAUCCUCUCUGUGACCUGCUGCCUGUUCAUUGCAGGAACUAUGGCAGCCCCUGCUGAGACAGAGGAUCAAAGUAUUCGCUGCCCCCCUCAUUGGACUGGGUUUGGCUCUCGCUGUUUCAGAUUCUUCUGGAGGACUUUGGCGUGGGUUGAUGCGGAGAAACAUUGCAUUUCUGUUGGCGGGAAUCUGGCCUCGGUCCACAAUGCUGAUGAAAAUGCAUUCCUCAGAGACCAUAUUGAAACAGUGUCUGGUGCCCGCAGACAUACCUGGAUUGGGGGCAGCGAUGGAGAGAGGGAGGGACAGUGGCUGUGGAGUGAUGGCACACCUUUUGACUAUGCGCGCUGGAGUAUUGGGGAGCCCAACAACUAUGGAUAUGAACACUGCGUUGAGAUGAACUGGGGAGGAAACUACUGGAACGACAACCGAUGUUAUCAUCACAAACAUUUUGUUUGUGUCAGGCCUCAAUCACAAUGAUACAACUUCCACAAUGAAACUCCACUGACUCUGCAAUGAAGGACCUCAUUAACAUCAAUGUUCGCUCUUCUGACAGUUUAAACUUCAUUUAAAACUUCUGAAUCAGUAAAAUAUUUCUUUAUUAAUCUGACAGCUUUGAUCGAAGUGGGAAGAAGCUAAAUAUAAUCCCUUGAUUAACUUUAUCUAUUUUCAUAUACAUCUUUUCAUUUUCUUAUUUGUUUUGCCAAUUGAAAACUUUUGAUAUUGUGCAAUUAACAAG